AGCAACACAUAGCAACGUGUGCGGCUUUGGUUUGGCUCUACUACUUGCUGCGCUUCUGUACUGUAGGAGUGCUCAUUAUUGUCGUAAAACUACAAGCUUUUUGGUAUGAUUUGAAUACAUUUAACUGAACAAUAACAUGUCCAAAAAUAAUCGAGUUAGAAUUUUCGUAAGAACCAGACCAACUCCCAAUUUUGCUCAUGGAAUGAUUGAUUUUCUUCAAGAUGGAAAGACCAUCAAGGUUCACACACAGAGAGAUGAAAAAGAAAAAAUUGUGGAUAAUCAGUUGUUAGAUUGGUCAUUUAAAGUUGAUGGAAUUUUACACAAUGCCAACCAAGAUCAGGUCUAUGAUGAAGUUGCUUCCAAGAUGGUUACAAGAUCUUUGAAUGGAUAUAAUGGUACUUUGAUGGCGUAUGGGCAAACUGGUGCAGGAAAAACUUUUACUAUUACUGGUGCCACUGAAAACUUCAAACAAAGAGGAAUCAUACCACGAGCUAUAUCUCAGGUUUUCAAAGAAAUAGAAGAGCAAGUUGACAAUGUUGUCACUGUAAGAAUAUCUUAUCUUGAAAUAUAUAAUGAAAACAUGUUUGAUCUUCUAUCAACAUUACCUGCCUCUGGAUCAUCUGCAUAUUAUGACAUCCAAAGUAUGACAAUAGUUGAAGGAGACAAUGGUUCGGUCAGUGUUAAAGGUCUUUCGUUACAUGCAGCAAAUAAUGAAGGUGAAGCACUCAAUUUGUUAUUUGAGGGAGAAACAAAUAGAGUUAUAGCUGCUCACUCGCUAAACAAAAACUCUUCAAGAUCUCACUGUAUAUUUACUAUUCAUAUUGAGUCAAGGUCAAGAACACAAUCCAGCGCAAAGUAUGUGGCAUCAAAAUUGAAUCUGGUUGAUUUGGCUGGUUCUGAAAGAAUUGGAAAGACUGGAUCUCAAGGACAAAUCUUACGGGAAGCAAUGUAUAUCAACAAGUCCCUAAGCUUCCUCGAACAAACUGUUAUCGCAUUGGCAGAUAAAAAUCGAGAUCAUGUUCCAUUCAGACAAACUAAACUGACACAUGCACUCAAGGAUUCUAUUGGUGGAAAAUGUAUGACUUCGAUGGUUGCAAAUAUUUAUGGCGAAGCUGACCAAUUGGAAGAAACGAUCUCAACUUUGCGGUUUGCAAUGCGAAUGAAACGUGUGGCGGUUGAACCAGCUAUCAAUGAUCAUUAUGAUCCAUGGAUAUUGAUAAAGGAGUUAAAAGGAGAGAUUUCGCACUUAAAACAAGAACUGAGUAUGCACAACACACUUGCAAAUCAUGCUCAGGUGCAGUACGAUCCAUUGACAGAAGGACAGAUAAAUUAUAUACGGAAACAGGUCAAGACUUUUCUUGAGGGAAAAGCAGCAGAAAUUGAUGUUAGCAACUUGCGACAAAUUAACACAGUUUUCGCACAAUUUCGUUCGGUAGUUUUGUCAAUGGAAGAAGCAACGCACACUAAAGUUCGUCAAAAAUACGUGCUCAUUGACAAAAAUAAUGCUGAUGCGAUGGCCGCCAUUCAAAGAAGUGGAAUACCACUGGAUGAAGAUGGAAACUACAUUAACAUGGUGGAUAGUUCGAUAGGAUCGCUGGGUGUUGCUGCAUCAACUGCAGGUGUAACAACGGCUCCAAGUAAAGCAAAGACUACAUCAAAUCAAAAUCAGCAACAAAGCACAGCUGCAGCUGUUACUGCUGCUAAACGAAAGAGUGGCAAGAAGUCCCGCGCCGGUGGAAGUCCAACUGGAAGAGGUGUAUCAAGUCCUGCUCCACAAUCUGAAGUAAAAGGUGGAAAAUUAGCACCAAGUGCAGUGGCUGACACUGAGUCAGUGAAAAAGGAGGGAAGUCUUGCCUCUGCUGAUAGUCAUACCGAUGAUAAAAAAAUGAGCCGACCAAGCACACCUCCAACUCGAGCACAAGCAUUUGAAGAAUUUAAAAAUGAGAAAGGACAAGAAAUAAGCAGAAUAUUAUCCGAAAACAAAUCUAUAUUACAAAGCAAGAAACGAAUGGUAAAAGAUAUUGCCCAUGCCGUGAAUGCAACGAAACAAAUGAUCGAUGGAACAAGAAUUUCACUUGAAGAGAAACGCAGAGAAAGAAUUGAGCAAGGUGAAUUUGUAAAUGAAGACGGAGAAACAGUAAUUGAUGAGGAAGAAUUUUUGCUAAUUUCGGAACUUAAGAAACUUAAACAGCAAUACAGGAUCGAUUAUGAGGAAAUGAGAAACGUUAAAUCCGAAGUUGAAUAUUGUCAGAAACUGGUUGACCAAUGCAGACAAAGACUUGUGCAAGAAUUUGAUGCCUGGUAUAGCGAAAAUUUCCUCGGUGAACCAGUUAUUGCAAGUGCAUCAGUUGGUUUUGGCAUCCGUCCUGGUGUUCAUCCUCCUGCUAGACUACAGCUGACAACAAGACAAGCCAAUAUUGAAGAUGAGCAGGAAAAAUUCGAUAGACUUCAACAACAAGUACUAUUAGAAAACCCAGAUUCUGCAGCUUUUUACAAUGCAAAACUGAAUAUGCAUCGUAGACACCUGAAUGAGAAAUCUUACUCUCAAGGACAACCGCACCCUGGCGAACAUGCCAUCGGAAUCCCCAAUGCAUCAAUGAGAAGUCGUCUACCAAAUCAAUUUUCCAUGGUUAAUGUUCCUACAUACUAACAGUAACUGUUAAAUUUUUCAUGUAAUCUAAUGAAAAUAAAUGCAAAUUAACUUGUAUGAUACUUCCAAAUGAAGCAUAGUUUUGUAUAUUUAUUUUAGAUUUAAUAAUAAAAAUCGGGUUUAUGUGUUGAUGUUAAGUACAUUAUUUUUGUUUUUCUAUUAUAGCUAGGAUACAUGAUUAGUAUGUAAUUUUGUGAAUUUCAGAAAUUGCCCUAAAAGUUUUGCUUACGAUUGAUAUAUUUAUUAUAAGUAUUAUUGAUUUCUAUUCAAAACAUUUGACCAUACCUUGUUGCCGAAAAUGUUUUUUCUCAUAUUCCGCCAACUUUUGCACUGCUUUAAAAUGCACUUUGUUUACUAAGAUAGAAUAUAUAUUAUUGUUAUGAGUACAACUUUAGUGCCUAUACUAGUGUUAUAGUAAAACAAAUAAAAAAAAGAAAUAAACUGUA